AACAAAAAUGAUGCUUCUGAGAGAAGAAAUAGAACAAUGAUGGAAAUGGCUAGAAGUAUGCUUUUUGAGAAGAAUUUGCCUAAGAAGUUUUGGGCAGAGGCAAGGCAUACUGCUAUUUGUUUGCUAAAUGGUUUUCCAAUUAGAGCUGCUAAAGAUAAAACUCCUACUGAGGCUUGGGUUGGACUUAAGCCUUUGGCUUAUCAUUUGAAGGUUUUUGGUUCUAUAUGUUAUAUGCAUGUUUCAGCAACUAGAGGAACCAAGUUGGAUGAGAAAGUUGAGAUGGGAAUUUUGGUUGGUUAUGUAGCACAAUAAAGGGCAGUUUAUGUUGGCAAUUUGUAUCUUCUUUGUUUUCAAUGACUAUAAUGUGUAAGUUUCUAAUUUUUUUUCCUAGAAACAAUAUGUAUGUUUGAUGCUAUGAUUUUCUAAUAUAUUAGAACACAGUUCAUGUAUGUCAUUUCUCAAGUUUAAUACUUGAGUGUAUGUUCAUUUCAUGUUCAUUUUCACUUGAGUUUUCAUCUUUACAUCUUCAGUUUCUCUGUAGUUGAAUGGUACAGUGUAUAAAUGGAAGAUAAGGAA